GCCAUUUUUAUGUGACGAUGAGUCUGCCCCAGUGGAGAGGAAGGAUUGGGUUGCCUUAUGUGGGGAGGCUUGGGGAGGCUCUUCGUGGCGCAAGGCCCGGCCCGGCAGCUCCUUCUUCGCGCUGUGCCUGCAGCAGAAGAAGUCUUCACCAUAGCCCACGUUACCAUGGCCACCCAGUUCUUCAAGGAUCAGGGGGAGAGAAUCAAGUGUGUUAAGGGGGACCUUUUCUCAUGCCCCCAGACGGACUCAUUGGCUCAUUGCAUCAGCGAGGACUGUCGCAUGGGUGCAGGCAUAGCUGUUCUUUUUAAGAAGAAGUUCGGAGGUGUACAAGAGCUGUUAGAUCAACAGAAGAAAACUGGGGAGGUGGCAGUUCUCCAGAGAGAUGACCGAUAUAUAUACUACCUGAUUACGAAGAAGAAAGUUUCCCACAAACCAACGUACGAGAAUAUGCGAAAGAGCUUAGAAGCCAUGAAAACUCACUGUCUCAACAAUGGAGUUACUGACAUUUCCAUGCCUAGGAUUGGAUGUGGACUUGACCGCCUGGACUGGAAUAAAGUUUCAGCAAUACUUGGGGAAGUGUUUGAAGACACAGAUAUUAAGAUCACAGUUUACACUCUGUGAUCAAAACACUGUAAAGAUAGCCUUAUUUCCCUUGCUUUCAGGAGUGUCAACUUAACUGGUGGGGGAGGAAACUGCAUGCUGAGCACCUUCUUCUGAGCAUAGCUCACUGUUUUGUUGUCAAUGGCAGUAGCUUUAAAAAGACAAACAAAACCCAGAGUAGCUAGUUUGGGAUGUGGUAUUAAGAGAUGCUGUGAAGAAGGCAAGGGUCUUGUGGGAGCGCUCGGAGUUUAUGGUGUGCCCUAGCAAUCCACCAGAUGUCACUGGUUAUCCAUCUUGCACCUGCAUGCACUGGAGCCUCUGCUUAAAGUUGACGGUCCCCAUGUGGAGUGAAAUUAGAGCUGUCUAGCGCUUUGAUACCUGUUGGUUUGUUGUUCUGGUUCAUAAUGAUGAGCUGUGGAGCCCCUGUGACUUUAAAAUAAAGUUCUUGCAAUGUUCAUAUACAGAAAACAGGUUAUAUACUUUGUUCUUUAAAGGAUUAUAAAUUAAUUUUCUGGGCAUAGAGAUUUUUUUUUAUGAGACUGUACUUGCUAAGAACCAUGCUGUCCAUAUUAAGUAAAUAGCUUUCCAGUACUAUGCUGUCAGAUCGGAGCACAGUUGUCGUGAAAAACCGUACCAAUGCCUGUGAAAAAUCAUACCAAUGCCUGUAUUUAUUGUAGCUGUAUUCUAGAGGAAAGCUGAGUUUUGAAAGAGAAAGCUGUAGAUGUAGGGAAAAUGCCUAGUAGGUGCAUAUAAUUGAAGUCUGCAGAACUCAAUUUUCUGAGAGUCCUUACAUACGAAGUUCUGAUGUGCUUUAAAAGGUUGUAGUGCUGAAGUAACUGAAGUAACAGGUUGGUUUUCAUACUUAUUUUUUUAACUGCAUUUGUAGUUUAGCUGUUAUAUCUGGUUUGGUGUCUGAUGCUACCAAAUUGCAAAAGCAAUUCAGUAAGUAACAUGCUUAAUUCAUCAGACCAUUGGUAAACAUUUGGUUCUUUGGAAAGUUUCCUCCUAGUACUGAAGGACUGGCAUAUGAUUUUGCUAUCCUUUAUUCCUUUCUCCCUCCUGCCCCACCUAACCCCAUAAUAACAAAUCUUUCAAUUUCCCUUAUACUGAAUGCCCAGAAAAAUGCCAGGCACUUGCAGAUAGGCUGAAUGAACCUAAACAGAUGAGACGUAAUGGUUAGAGAAGUUUUUUUCAUAAAAGAGCUUUCCUAAUAAUUACUUUUUACUAAAUAUUAAAUGUAUGGAGCCUUUUCUUUUUUUGCCUGAGCGUUGUGGGUGAUUAUGUAUUGUAUGUUUUCUUUGCUAAUUCUGGUUGAUGUCUUUAACAGCUUUGUAUUACUUUUUUCCCUGAUAGUUGACCAUCCUUUAUUUCUUUGUAAACUUGUUUUUUGGUAGGUAAUUGCUGUAGCAAAUACACAAUUGUGGGAAAAACCCUCAAGCUCCUAUUUGUCUUACUCAGUAUUAAGUUAAUCAAGGAUGAGCAUCAUUGAUUUAGUCCUUGUACUUAUUUAUAUUUGGGGUUUUUUUUAUAUCUAGUGGCAAAGGAAUUAAAUCCACAGUGGCUCCACAAAGGUGAUCCAUUGCAGCUCAUUUUUUUUUCUGCCUUGAAAGUUUAUGCCAGAAUUUAGUGCAGCUGACUGAGGUAAGAGAUAAGUGCAGUCAGCAGUUUUUUAUGUAUAUCUAGCACUAUUCAGCUUGUAACAGUAAGACAGAAACCAACAUUAAAGACUGAUUGAAAGAACAAA